AUGUCUACUCGUCGUGCUACACGAGCCAAGAAUGCGGCUCAGCACCCUGGUCUUCUAGACUUGACACCGAAGAGGAAAUGUCGCAUGAAGGCAGAAGUAGCUGCAGAUCGUCAGGCUAAGUUGGAGGUGAAGAAAGAGAAAGAACGUGCCAAUGAUGCUGGAAUCAAACGUGUCGCUGACUAUGAGAAGAAUCAAGCAGACAACAACGCACUUGCUGAUGCCACCCCAUGGGUUAUGAUGGAUGCUGGGGGUCUUGCACUGUCAUGUGCUGCGGUUGAACGAGCUUUGACACUCUGGUCCACCCAUACGCUGACUAUCAAAAUGGUUCGGGCUGCUAAGGGUAAAAAUAUCACUUUGCCGAAGACGCUGAAUCAAUCGACCGGUAAGGUAUCUAGUCGACAAACGGGAUUCAACGGCAUCUCUUGGGGUACAUCUACGCGAGCCUAUGCAAAGGAAAUCGUGAAGAACCUGCACGAUGACAAAUUCAACACUAUCAUCGCAUCUGCAAUGGAAUUUUCAAAGAAGAGUCGUUGGCCUUGUGAUGAUAUUGCUGAUGAUGUCGCUGAAGAUGAACUCCUUGAUCUGGAUGAGCGUGCUCAACUAGUUGAUAUAUCAGACACCGAAUCUGAGUCUAAGGGAGAUGGUGACUCUGGCGCAGAGUAA